UCAACUGACAGGGGAUUUCCCUCUAAACAACAGGUUCCAAGGCUCUCUGCACCGUUAGAUUUUGUUAGAUUCUCAUUUUGAAACAAUGGACAACAGUCCUCUGCAGGUGCUGACUGUCCCCACAGCCCCGUACCCAGACCAGAGACCCGGCACCAGCGGCCUGAGGAAAAAGGUGUAUGUGUUCCAGUCCAGGAGGAACUACUUACACAACUUCAUCCAGAGUAUCUUCUCCUCUAUUGACCUUCGCGACCGCCAGGGAUCAACAGUGGUGGUGGGGGGAGACGGUCGCUUCUUCAACACAACAGCCAUCAAGGUCAUUGUACAGAUGGCAGCUGCCAACGGGGUGGGUCGUCUGAUCAUUGGACACCAUGGGAUAAUGUCAACGCCGGCCAUCUCCUGCGUAAUCAGGAAAUACAAAGCCAUCGGUGGCAUCAUCCUCACUGCCAGCCACAACCCCGGAGGGCCUGACGGAGACUUUGGCAUUAAGUUCAACACUGCAAAUGGAGGCCCAGCCAAGGAGGCUGUCACAAACAAGAUCUUUCAGAUCAGCAGGACCAUAGAGGAGUUUGCCAUCUGCCCCGGACUGCGCGUGGAUCUGACGACCCUGGGCAAACAGACGUUUGAUCUGGAGAACAAGUUCAAACCUUUCACAGUGGAAAUUGUGGACUCUGUGGAAUCCUACGCCAACUUGUUGCGGAACAUCUUUGACUUUGCCGCUCUGAAGGAGUUUCUGUCUGGUGAAAACCACAUCAAGAUAAGACUGGACGGCAUGCAUGGAGUGUUAGGGCCAUAUGUGAAGAGAAUAGUCUGUGAGGAGCUUGGCUGUCCUGUCAAUUCUGCCAUCAACUGUGUCCCAAUGGAGGACUUCGGGGGUCAGCACCCAGAUCCCAACCUCACUUACGCGGCAGAUCUGGUUGACAGCAUGAGAGACGGACAGUAUGACUUUGGUGCAGCGUUUGACGGCGAUGGGGACCGUAACAUGAUCCUUGGUAAGCACGGCUUCUUCGUCAGCCCACCUGACUCUGUGGCUGUGAUAGCUGACAACAUCUUCUGCAUCCCAUACUUCCAGCACACAGGGGUGAGAGGCUUCGCCCGCAGCAUGCCAACAAGUUCAGCUUUAGACAGAGUGGCAAAGGCAACAAAAAUAGAGCUAUAUGAAACUCCCACUGGGUGGAAGUUCUUUGGGAACCUAAUGGACGCAGGCAGGCUGUCUCUGUGUGGGGAGGAAAGCUUUGGUACAGGUGGAGACCACAUUCGAGAGAAGGACGGGCUUUGGGCCGUGCUGGCAUGGCUGUCCAUCCUGGCCACCAGGCGGAAGAGUGUGGAGGACAUCCUUAAGGACCACUGGCUGAAAUAUGGAAGAAACUACUUCACCAGAUAUGACUACGAGAACGUAGACAUAGAUGCAGCCUGUGAGAUGAUGGAGGAUUUGGAGAUCAUGAUCAGCGACAAGUCCUUUGUGAAGCAGAGAUUCGCUGUGGAGGACAAAAUUUACCAAGUGGAGAAAGCAGACAACUUUGAGUACACCGACCCAGUAGACAGCACCAUCACCAGGAACCAGGGUCUGCGGAUAAUCUUCUCUGACGGCUCUCGAAUCAUCUACAGACUCAGCGGGACAGGUAGUGAUGGGGCGACAGUUCGAAUCUACAUAGACAGCUAUGAGAGGGAGCAAAUCUUUGAAGACACACAGGUGAUGCUGGCACCCCUGGCGACCAUCGCUCUGAAGAUUUCCCAGCUCCAUCACAGGACAGGUCGGAGCGGUCCGUCGGUCAUCACAUGAUUCCUCCCAUAUGUUACUCCAUCACCGCCAACGUGACGCCCUCUUUUGUUUUUCUCUUUCCAAAUUUUUGUAUGAACUCUGCUUUAAUUCCAAGUAUAGCUGCACAACAUGCGUUAGUUUGCGUUUUAGGCAAAAUGUUACUCUCUGUACCUGAUUAAUUAAACUGCUUUUUAUUUUUGGUUCA